CAACCCUUUAAAUGUGUCAUUGCGCAUGCGCAGCCCUCUCACGUCUUCGACCUCUACAACUACACGACGCUGAAUCAACGCCAGCUCCUGCGGUUGACCUGACCAAUUCGUCCUAUCGUGAUGUAUGCCUGUGCUAAAUUCGUCUCCACGCCCUCUCUGGUCCGUGCUGGAUCUCGGGCACUGUACAGACCACUCUCGGCAGCAGUAGUGUCAGAUGCCAGGAAAGCAGAGACUGCUUCACUCCUGGCACCACAGAGUAUUGCAGCCUCCCAGCAGCAGCAGCUGGCGGUGCGGGGCUUCCAGACCAGUGCCGUGAGCCGUGACAUCGACACUGCUGCUAAAUUCAUUGGAGCAGGAGCUGCCACUGUGGGCGUGGCUGGAUCUGGAGCCGGAAUCGGAACCGUAUUCGGUAGCCUUAUUAUCGGAUAUGCAAGGAACCCCUCGCUGAAGCAGCAGCUGUUCUCAUACGCCAUCUUGGGCUUUGCUUUGUCUGAAGCUAUGGGUCUCUUCUGUCUGAUGGUUGCGUUCCUCAUUCUGUUCGCCAUGUAAGCCAGUUUGGCAUUCACUGUAAAGGGAAACGCAUCAUCAACGUUAAUGAGAAUUAGUAGUUUGAAAUGUCCUUAAAUGGUACUAUGAUCUCAGUCUAGCGUGUUGGUUAUUAUUGUGCAUUAGUGUGAACACACUGAUGUAUGAAACUCUGGCAAACCCAAGUCAUUUUAAAUGAUGGUUUUGUCAAUAUGUUGUAUAUUUAAUCAAAUGUUUUUGUUAACAAACAUGCAACCAAUAACAGAAGUAAAACAUCUAUUCCUCAA